ACUUGAAGCAUCCGGGAACCUCGCCAUAGUAUGUAGUAGACAUGGCGGGUUUCAACCUGGCUAAGUGACGAAAUAAAUUUUGUUUGCUAAUAAAAUAACGUGUUAAUUUCAUAUUAAAAGUGUCGAUACUAAAAGACUAUUUAAGUUAUAUUGGAUUAGGACAAAGAUGCAGAAUGUUGGACAGUCUGAAAACCGAAAUAUCGAUAAGGUGAAUGUGCAACUUGAUGUGGUAAAAACGUCUACUCCACAGAGUUCGGCUUCAAGUCCGGCCAAAUCUGAAACUGAAACGUAUUCAGGAGCUCCUGCCAAAUAUAUGACAGACUCUUCGGAAAGUGAGGAUGACUCCGUGUCUGAGAUCUUGCUGGCUUGUUUGUGCCUUAGCAGGCCAGACCUGUUGGCCGAAAUGGAAGAAGAAAAUGGUAGUACCGAGCCAUCUAAGUUCCUACUCUCGCACGAUGAUCCCGAAAGAGCUGUCGAUCCUGAAAUGCAAGCCAGACUGGAAGCAUUAUUAGAGGCAGCUGGUAUUGGUAAACUGUCAGGCGAAGGCAAACACUUGGCCGACCCGGAGGUCCUUCGUAGGCUCACCUCUUCAGUUUCUUGCGCACUAGACGAGGCGGCCGCCGCCCUAACGAGAAUGCGGAGCGACCAGCCCGCGCCCCACCACAGGCAUCAUCACCAAGAGAAGAAUUUCAGUCAGCCGUGCGGGGUGACUGCGACGGGCUCGACGCCUGCGGUCCCCUCGUCUGUGGGCGCGGACGGAGCGCCGUCGCUUGUCGAGGCGUGCUCUGACGGCGACGUGGGCACUGUCCGCAAGCUACUCACCGAAGGGCGGUCUGUCCACGAGACGACCGAGGAAGGCGAGCCCUUACUCUCCCUCGCCUGCUCAGCGGGAUAUUACGAGCUCGCGCAGGUCCUCUUGGCGAUGCACGCCAGCGUCGAGGACCGGGGUAUCAAGGGCGACUGCACGCCGCUGAUGGAGGCGGCGAGCGCCGGCCACGUGGACAUCGUGCGGCUGCUGCUGGCGCACGGCGCGGACGUGAACGCGGUGUCCGGCUCCGGGAACACGCCGCUCAUGUACGCGUGCGCGGGCGGACACGAGGACUGCGUGCGCGCGCUGCUCGACAACGGGGCUAACGUCGAGGACCACAACGAGAACGGGCACACGCCGCUCAUGGAGGCCGCGUCGGCGGGCCAUGUCGGCGUUGCAAAGAUCCUGUUGGAGCACGGAGCAGGGAUCAACACUCAUUCUAACGAGUUCAAGGAAUCCGCGUUAACGCUCGCCUGCUAUAAGGGUCACCUGGACAUGGUGCGGUUCCUGCUGGCGGCGGGCGCGGACCGCGAGCACAAGACGGACGAGAUGCACACCGCGCUCAUGGAGGCCAGCAUGGACGGACACGUCGAGGUCGCCAGGCUGCUGCUCGACUCCGGGGCGCAGGUGAACAUGCCAACGGAUAGUUUCGAGUCGCCAUUAACACUAGCGGCGUGUGGAGGCCACGUGGACCUGGCGAUGUUGCUGCUGGAACGCGGCGCCAACAUCGAGGAGGUCAAUGACGAGGGCUACACGCCGCUCAUGGAGGCCGCUAGGGAAGGUCACGAGGAGAUGGUUGCGCUGCUGCUGGGUCAAGGUGCACAGAUAAAUGCACAGACCGAGGAAACGCAGGAGACUGCGCUGACCCUCGCCUGCUGCGGAGGGUUUCUCGAGGUGGCGGAAUCGCUCAUCAAGGCGGGCGCUGACGCUGAGCUCGGCGCUUCCACUCCGCUCAUGGAGGCUUCGCAGGAAGGGCAUCUAGAACUAGUACGGUAUCUGAUCAAUGCGGGCGCGGACGUGCACGCGACGACGCAGACGGGCGACACGGCGCUGACGUACGCCUGCGAGAACGGGCACACGGACGUGGCGGAGCUGCUGCUGCGCGCCGGCGCCGCGCUGGAGCACGAGAGCGAGGGCGGCCGCACGCCCCUCAUGAAGGCGUGUCGCGCCGGACACCUCUGCACCGUGCAGUUCCUAGUCGCGAAGGGGGCGGACGUUAACCGCAUGACGGCUAGCGGCGACCACACGCCGUUGUCUCUGGCGUGCGCGGGCGGACACGUGGACGUGGUGAAGUUCUUGUUGGCCUGCGACGCCGAUCCCUUCCGAAAACUCAAGGACAACUCCACCAUGCUCAUCGAGGCAGCCAAGGGCGGACACACGGCCGUCGUGCAACUGCUCCUCGACUUCCCACAUUCUGUAAUGCUUCCUAGAGGCACGACAACAACAACGACGGCGGAGGACGGCGCGGGGCUGAGCGCGGCGCAGGCGGCGGCGCUGGGGCUCACGCACGCGCCCGCCCCCGGCGCGCCCGCCGCCCGCGCGCUCCUGCCCGCGCACGCGCCCGCUCCCGACCUGCCACACAACUUUGCCAAGGCCUAUCUCGAUGAACGCAGUUCGGGCGGCGGUCGCAAGAAACCGAGCCCGUACCCAACGGCGGCGGCGGUGGCGAGCGCAAUCUGCGGCGCGACGGGCGUGCCCCCCACCUUGAGCACGCCCACCGCUGCGCCCGGCCCCGCGCCCGCCGCCGCGACCCCCCACCAGCCCCCCAAGCACAAGUGUGCGCGGAAACAACGGGCGGCGCCGCAGCACCCCGACCACCACCUGCCGCCGCCGCCGGACAUACACGACGAACACAUAUGCCAGCACGCGAUGGCUAAGCUAUCACUGCCCCCCGGCUUUACCUGGAAGGAUGCUAACAAGAAAAAUAAAAUUAAAUACAACAAUAAAAAUAAAAACAAUAGGGCUGAGGCGUUGGUCGCGCAGCAGAGGAAUGAAUCGAUGCCGGACACCGAGAGGGGGCUCUCGCUCGAAAUUAACGAUCCUUCAGGUCCCCCGACGUUGGCCACCUCGGCGCUGCACGCGCUCGACCUGCAGUUCUGCGCGCAAGGUGUCACAACGAGUCAUUCGCCGGCCACUCCGCCGUACCCUCCUCCGCAACAAUUGUUCCCAGUGCAACCAAUACCGACCAACCUUAAUCAGAAUUCAAUACAACGAUGCAUUGUAUCAAAAUCGUCUGGCAAAUGUUGUUCGUUGUUAGCUUGCAAGUUACUGCUAAUGGACGCUUUGAAACGUGGAUUCUAUAUUGACGAUUACGCUAUUAUAGCGCAACUUCAAGAGUUGCAGCAACAACAGUACCAACAGCAGCUAGCGGCGCAGGAGCAAGCGCUGCAACAACAACAACAACAACAACAAAAGAAGCUACAGCAACAACAGCUCCAACAACAACAACAGCAGCAGCAGCAGCAAUAUGCACAGGAACUGCAGCAGAGGCCUGAGAGCUACGGACCACAGCUGGGCGGCGAGGAGUGCGCGUCCGGGUGCUGCGGGCCGGCGGCGGGCGCGGGCGGCGCCGCGGAGCCGCGCGAGCUGGGCGCCGUGCUGGCCUACCUGCAGCGGGAGGUGCCCUCGCUCGUGGCGCUGCCGCCCAACGAGCUGCGCACUCUGGUGUUGCAGGUGAUGCAGCAGAAGUCUCAGGAGAUUCUCUCUGGUAAAUGUGGAGAACUGGAAGGUGAAUGGUUGGAGGGCGAGGAGCGCCACGCGCGCCGCCUGUUGGCCGCCGCCGAGCAGGCGCUCGCCACCGACUACACCACCAGGCACCACCAUCACCACCACGUCGACGUACCGCAACAGCAGAACAACGGCUGUCAGUUCCGGGUAGGCGGGUCACCCCCGUCCGGUGCAUUGGAGCCGACGACGCUGCCCCGGGGGACGGAGGAGGAUGUGCAGCCGCCCCCCGACCUCCAACAGCACUUCGCCCUUCCACCUCCCACCCUUCCCUAUGACGACUAUAGAUCGUCGUCGUACACCCCUCCGUUAACGGAACCCCAGCCCCGGCAUCCGCAGCAGACAGCACCCCAGCAACACGCCAAGCGCGAACACCACCACGCCAAUCCCACCAGCAAGAAAAAGAGUCGCGGCGGAGGCGCCAGCGGGGGCGCGCGGGCGCGGGUGGGGGAGGCGGCGGCACCCGCGGCGCCCGCGCCCGCCGCCUACUGCGCCAUGGACGUGGACGGCGAGACCGACUCCAACCACGACACCGCACUCACGCUGGCGUGCGCCGGCGGCCACGAGGACCUCGUCGAGCUGCUGCUGUCCCGCGGGGCGGACAUCGAGCAUCGCGACAAGAAGGGUUUCACUCCACUUAUCCUGGCGGCUACGGCCGGUCACGAGAAGAUCGUCGAGAUCCUUUUGAACCACGGCGCAGAUAUCGAGGCGCAGUCGGAACGCACAAAGGACACUCCCUUGUCGCUGGCGUGCAGCGGCGGCCGCUACGAAGUAGUCGAACUCAUCCUCAGCCACGGCGCCAACAAGGAGCACCGCAACGUAUCCGACUACACGCCACUGUCGCUGGCCGCCUCCGGGGGCUACGUCAACAUCAUCCGGCUACUGCUCACGCACCAGGCGGAAAUCAAUUCUCGCACUGGCUCGAAACUGGGUAUAUCACCGCUGAUGUUGGCCGCCAUGAACGGUCACACGGCAGCGGUGCGACUCCUUCUCGACUGCGGGUCCGAUAUUAAUGCGCAGAUAGAAACCAACAGGAACACGGCGCUCACCCUCGCUUGUUUCCAAGGUCGACAUGAGGUCGUCAGCUUGUUGCUGGAUCGCAAAGCGAACGUGGAGCACCGCGCCAAGACCGGCCUCACGCCGCUCAUGGAGGCGGCCAGCGGCGGAUACGUGGAGGUGGGACGCGUGCUGCUCGACAAGGGCGCUGACGUCAACGCGCCGCCCGUGCCCUCCUCCCGGGACACCGCCCUCACCAUCGCCGCAGACAAGGGACACACCAAGUUCGUCGAACUGCUGCUGCAGAGGCGAGCCGCCGUCGAAGUAAAGAACAAGAAAGGCAACUCCCCCCUUUGGCUCGCCGCUAACGGCGGACAUCUCGCCGUUGUCGAGAUGCUGUACGCAGCCGGCGCUGACAUCGACUCUCAAGACAAUAGAAAGGUUUCGUGUUUGAUGGCUGCCUUUCGUAAAGGUCACAUAAAAGUGGUCAAAUGGAUGGUCGGGGUCGUCACGCAGUUCCCUUCAGAUCAGGAGAUGACUAGGUACAUCUGUACCAUCUCGGACAAGGAGCUUUUGGAGAAGUGCCAAGAGUGCGUGCGCGUGAUCCGCGCCGCCAAGGAGACGCAGGCCGCACGCGCCAACCAGAACGCAACCAUCCUCCUCGAAGAACUUGACGCAGAGAGAGAGCGGGAACUCUGUCGAAGGCAGGCCGCUGCCAGGAGACGGGAACGGAAGAAGAAGAAGAAGAUGGAAAAAAAGGAGGAACGUCGCAAGAUGCAAGCGGAGCCGGACAAGAACUCCGAAUGUAGUGACAAAGCGCUCGGAGACUGUUCCGAGGGCGGCGAAGGGGACGACGAACCCAGCCCUAAGGAAGAGGGCGACUCCGGCAUCGAUGCCAACUCACAGGGUUCGUGUUCGUCGUCCGAUGUGAAGGCUCCUCCCGUACAACCCGCCAAGAGUAAGAAAAAGAAAAAAGAGGACAAGGCAUCUCCUCCACCACCUCCCAGUACCGUCAAGAAACAACCUGACAAACCUAAACCUAAGAUAGAGACAAAACCCGAACGAGAACCAACUCCCAAACCUGACAAGAAGGAGAAGGAAAAUGUAGCACCGUCUUCGCCGCCGACACCUAAACCGGUCGAGAGACGACUGCCCGAGCGGAAGGAGAAAAAAUCCGAAGAGGAAAGUCCUAAGAGCAUAACAGUAGCAAACGUUAACAAGUAUGGAAACAACAGAAAGAGCCAGGUAUUCGAAUCGAGUCGGCUUAAUUUGGACGAUACAGAGACGACUGAUAAAAAUAAGAAGACCUCAAGCACACAACAAUGGGAGAUCGAAGCCAAGAGUACUUCUCCCAAAGCUGGUUGCGUCGGAGGUCGCCGCGAGGAGGGCUGGAAGGAAGUUGUGCGCAAAUCUAGUGUACAAACUGUAUCCACAGUCGAACCUGGGUGCAAGAAAGUGUCCGUUGCAUCACACGCGAUAUCUCGUGUGAUCGGUCGCGCUGGCAGUAACAUUAACGCCAUCCGCUCGGUCACCGGCGCCCACAUCGAGGUCGACAAGCAAAGUAAGGGGCAGGGCGAGAGGAUCAUCACGAUUAAGGGCUCGGCUGAAGCCACAAAGCAAGCCGGCGUUCUGAUCGCAGCUAUGAUCCGCGACCCCGAGGCUGAUCUGGGAGCGCUGCUGCCGCGCGCCAAGCCGGCCCCCGCACCGCAUCCUGCCAAACCUGUCAAGCAACCCGCCGCCAAGCCUGGCCAGCCGGGCGCCCCGUGUCCGACGAGCAGCAGCGCGGCGCCGGCCCGCAGCGCGCCCGCCGCCCGCCCCGCGCCCGCACGCGUGCCCGCACGACACGCGCCCACACGUACGCACGCGGUAACAACGGAAAAGCGUCCGUCAUCGAGUAUUGGCGUGACGGCGAGCACCAGCAGCUCGGGCAGCACGGCGAGCAGCAAGGCGAGCACGGCGCUCUCGUACACGGGCGCCAUCGUGGGCGCGCGCUCGCACACGUUCGCCGCCAAGCUCACCGCCAGCGUCGCGCCCCUCGCCCUCGCCGCCGCCGACCACAAGCCCAGACCUGCGCCACUGCAGCCAACGCCGAACAGCGGUCCGAGUCCGGCCGCGGUUUCCCCGCUGAAGUCUGCGCGAGAGAGCUCGCCGUCGCCCGCGCCCGCCACGCCCGUCUCCAGACCUGAAGAGGUUGACAUUAAACAACCACGGCUACCCGAGAGAACGGUGCAGCUGAGUCCCGAUACUACAAGCUCGUGGAGCACAAAUGAAGACAACACGAUCAACACAUCCACGUCAACCACUGCUUUGCACAUCAACACUACGCCGCAGUGCGGCGUUGUAUCGAGCGGCAGCGGCGGUAGCGCCCCGGAGUACUCGCUGUUCAAGGACGUGUCGGGCGCCGCCACGCUGUGGUCCGCACCGGCUGAACAUAAUGAGCCGCCUCCACCGCAGGUGGACGCGAGCAAAGCGCCAGGGUACCGCGGGGGGAGCGGCGCGGGGACGGGGGCGGCGGGCGGGGGCUGCUCGCCGUGCUCCCGCACCUCGUCGCACGGCUCCACGCCGCCGCCUGCGUACGCGCCCUACCACACCGACCAUAUGCCGCACCACCACUCCCGACCCUCCUACCAGGACACGCCGCCCAGGAAUAACAUUAUGGUAUCGAUGUCGAGCGGUGUCAACAUGAGCGGAGUGAACAUGAGUGGCGCCAACAUGUCCGGCUCCUCCCUGGGGCUCGGCUACGUGGGGGUCGAAGGGGUGUCCCGGUUGAAUCCCCGCGCGCCCGACUUCGCUCAACGGCACACGCUCAUACACAACAAACACAAUGCACAGCAAUUGUUCGGUGGUGGCAGCAACCUGAGUAACUUACUCAUGUACCAACAGCCUGUGUCGCAGUCGCCGAAACCGAACCAUCAAACCCACCUUGCUUACCAGUCAUUGCUGGAUCGCGGCGUGAAUGUCAGCGGAGUGGGUAACGUCGGCAGCGGUUGGGGCGCAGAAGAAGAGGAACGCAAGCCCCGUCCUAUUGGAACUGAACGCGCGUGGAAACUCACCGCGGCCGAGGACUGGUCCCACGCCAACCUGCCGCACGCGACCGCGCACCACAUGCAGGACCAUGACCGCUAUCAGGGUGUGUCGAACAUGAGCGCCAUGGGUGGCGUGGGUGUGGGUGUGGGCGGACUGGACGGGUCGGCGUACGGAGCGGGCGGACUGUCGCUGCUGCAGCUGCCUCUGCAGUACUUGCCGCCCACCGUCACCCCCGCGCCCGAACCCCCGCACCACUGGGACCCCGCCCCUCACCAUGCACACGACAAACAGGUACUACCGAACAGCUUUUCAUUCUCAAUACAUAUGAUGAAAUUAUAAAAAAAUAUCUUUCUGAAUACAAUAGAGGUUUUGUAGCUGUAGAAUCAUAUUUUUGUUUAUAUUAUGACACUAUUAGAAAAUAUUUUUACAAUAGACGGUUGGUUUGUGUAUUAGUUUUUUUUUUUGUUGUUAAAUUCACGUAUUUGAAAUCUUUAAGAUUUACGAAAAUAGCCCCUCUUUACACCGAAUUAAGUUUUCCUUUUCCUACAAAGUAGCGUUAUAGUAGCCACAAUUCACAAACACUAAUCAGUAUUUAUUUUUCAGCAGACCUGGAGCAAGUGGACUCACUAAGAGUUCGGACCGGCUAUGACGACUACUGCCUUAAAUUGAAAUACGUGAGCGCGCCUCACAACGCACGCUCUACCGACCGACGAGGAUAUACUCUGUAUUCGUAACCUUGGAAACGGUGUAGAUAUUAGUGAGAAAGAUUAUAUUAUACAGAUUAUCUAUAUACAUAAUAGAGAAAAUGUCCUAUCGAGAUGAGACCUCCCUGUACUGUCGACUGAAGUGAGCAUUAAACGAUUAAUUCUGAUGGAACUCGUGAGGGGAGCCGCAUGUAGUUUUAUUUGACUGCCGCUCGUCGCCGCGAGACCGCGUUAGACAAAUUAUAGUUACGUUAUAGUCGGCGUCGCGCCGUUUUCCUCUCGUGUAGAAUGUACGCGUGACGAAUGUAAUGAUUGGUGGCUUGGAAUUUGAUUCCGAAUUGCCUCCCAAGUGUUUUGCGUUGCCUUGACCGGGCCCUGUCCCGGAGACAUCUCGUCAUACAUAUUUUACACUUUUUGUUACGGCAUAAUACGAUAUUAAUUUGAAUGAUUAAAGUGCUGGCGUGACCGAGGCGGAUGAUUAAUUAUACGUGUAUUAAUAAAAUUUGCUUGUACAUGAAAAUUAAAUAUCAUAUUGAUGCACUGUA